AUGCGCCGAUUCAUGGUUGACCUCAUGAAGACGCAGAAGGUCAACCCAUCGCAUGCUGAACAACUAGCCGACGUACUUCUCGAGGCGGAUAUACGUGGCCAUUACAGCCAUGGAUUGAAUCGACUGGAGAUGUAUGCCAAAGACUGCAUGAAAAAGGUGGUGAAAAGCGACGGGACACCGAAGAUUUUGAAGGUCUUCCUCUUUAUCUGA